AUGGAGCUGAAAAACGGAUUGAACGAAGUUUACACGCCUGCCUCGGAUGUGAAAAGCAUUGCGAUAAUAAUCUUCGUUCACGGCCUCUUCGGCCACCCGCAGAAAACGUGGACAGGUAAAUGCCGAAACCGCUCAAAAUCGUCAUUGCGCAGAGAAUCUGGGACCAAACCAGCUCUCAACGGUCCUCAAGGAGAAACAUUACCCAUUCCCACAUCCAGGAGCAGGAAUAACUCCGAAUUCGUGUUCUGGCCAAAGGACCUACUCCCAGACGCCCUUCCCAAUGUCCGGAUCUAUAGCUGGGGCUACGAUGCCGAUAUCUGGAAACUCAUGUCCUCCGUCGGCCUCAACACAGUUCACCGACAUGCCCGAAAUCUCUUAAACGAUCUCGCUGCCCUUCGAGACGAGCUAGAGGACCGGAAGCUCCCCCUGAUAUUUGUCGCGCAUAACCUGGGCGGUCUAGUGGUUAAGGAUGCGUUAAAUCAGUCUGCUGGUGAGGUAGGCAACAAGCGUCUGGGCGACAUCCUACCGGCUACUUUUGGCGUCUGCUUUCUAGGAACGCCUCAUAGAGGGUCUAAAGCUGCAUCGAUACUUCGAAAGGUGUGCCGCGUAACAGAAAUAUUCGCAGGUCAGCGAGCCAACACCCAGCUCCUGCGGGCACUUGAGAAGAACUCCGAAACGCUUGAACGUCUCACCAAGGGCUUCUAUGAUACUCUUAAGAAACACGAGGGCUUGCAGAUCUUCUCCUUCUUGGAAGAGAGGGAGGUGCGCAAGUUCGGCGUGAUUAGUAUAGUUAUUGUCGAUCCAGACUCGGCCCAAGUCGGCCACGGCAGCGAAGAAACGGGCUCGAUCCCGGCAAACAAUUGGGAAAUGGUGAGGUUUACGUCCACUCGGGAUACCGGGUUUGUUAGAAUAAAGAACGUUCUUAAUCGCUGGGUGGGAGAGAUUCAAUCGGCCGCUACUCGUAAGUUUUGA